AUGUCACAGCACUCUUAUGCACAUCCCCAUCCAGACAUUGUGAUCACUGAACCGAAGUAUGAAGAACUUCAAAUAAAAGAAGAGGACAACUGGGAUAAAGGAGACAUGUUCUUUACUAGUGUUGAUGAAGCAAAUGAUUGCAUCACUAUUGAAGUUCCAUGUGAGGAUCAAAUAGUGGAGGAGAUUCCUUUAGCCAGUACUGAUAUAGACUUGCUAACCCUGACUAAUAAUUGUUCUGAUAUAACAUUAGAAUGUGACAUGAAGCUGUUAUCACCAAUGAAUCUGUCGCCAAAUCCAGAUGAAAACCUGUUGGGGGUUUCCCCGUCACAUACAAGCUUAAGCUCGGACUUAGGCUAUGAGUCAUUGGCGUCUCCACUUAGUGAACCAGAGUCUAUGGACUUGUCAGACUUUUGGUGUGAAUCAUUCUCAGAGUUGUUUCCUGGUUUAACU